AUGGAAGAAAAUCAGGAACAAGAGGAAGUUUUCUAUAUCAAAAGAGGAAGUUUUCCAUCUCGCCCGAAGCAGAAUAUUCAUCCCCGUCUUGACGAGUGCUAUCUCAGAUUCAACAAUUGGCGCCCACCGUGGGGCUGGAAACGCUUCUCGCUAUUCAUCUCGAAGAUAUCUAGAUUUUCACGAGCUAGCAACAAUGGCGAACUCAAAAGAGAAUACGCCUACCGGGAGCCCAUCCCAUUCAGAAGAAAACUUAAGGGACCGGUCCAUCUCGCCGCGAAGAUCAACCUCGCCGCGAAGAUCCGUCUCGCCGCAAAGAUCUACUUCGCCGUAACGAUCCCCUCCACCAAGGAAGGACGAAAGCCCUCCUCCGUCUGCAUCACGCCGCUCAAGGAAAUCUUCCUCGAGUGA